AAGCUCUAGGUAUUUUCUUGUGGGCAUGUGGGGGUCCACAAUCAUUUAGGCAGAUAAGGAAUAAGUUUGGUCACUCCUUGGAAACUAUUAGUCGCAAGUAUAGUGAAGUACUUAAUGCACUAUAUAAGAUGUCAUCUGACGUAAUCAAGCCCAAAGACCCAAAUUUCAUAGAGAUUCAUCCUCGUUUGCGAGAGGGGAGAUUUUGGCCCCACUUCAAGGAUUGCAUAGGAGCAAUUGAUGGUAGUCACUUUCCAGCGUCUGUCCCGGCCUCGGAGCAAGCCAAAUAUAUUGGUCGGCACGGUUACGCAUCACAGAAUGUAAUGGCCGUUUGUGACUUCGAUAUGAGGUUCACAUUUGUUGUCACAGGUUGGCCAGGUUCAGUACAUGACACUAGAGUAUUACAAGAUACUUUGAUAACUUAUGCGGACAGGUUCCCCCAUCCACCAGAAGGUAAAUACUAUCUUGUGGAUUCAGGUUAUCCAAAUAGAAAGGGGUACCUUGCACCUUAUAAGGGUCAGAAGUACCACAUUUCAGAAUGGCAAAAUGCGAGGCAACCUAUUGGGAGCAAAGAAGUAUUCAACUAUGCACACUCGUCGCUACACAAUGUUAUAGAGCGAUCUUUUGGUGUGCUUAAAAUGAAGUGGAGAAUUCUGUUAAGUCUCCCUUCAUUUUCGCUUAAGAAACAAUCCAAGAUAAUUAUUGCAUGUAUGACAUUGCAUAACUUCAUUAGAGACAGUGCUCUACACGAUAGAGACUUUGAUGAACUAGGACCUAAUAGCCUUGGUCAUGAUGUAUCUGUAGGUGAGAGUAGUAGUAGCACAUCUGAUGAGUUAGACAUGAGUGCAUUUCGAGAUGGAAUUGCUAAUGCAUUAGUGUCGUAGUUAAAUAUGUAAAUGUAACGGUAGUUAUGUUGUAAUGAACUCCACUAAUUAUAUGUAAUGACCUUUUGUUGGUUCGGUGUUAA